UUCAUUGCGGUCAUUUUUGAAACGGAGCAAACUGUGUCCAGACAGCGUUGCUCCUCUGUUAACCUCCUCUGGAAACCCGUGGACAACUAUGAGAAGGAGAAGCAGUAGUAACGCCAGCAGGAGAAGCUCAACUAUUAGGAGACGCAGUGACAAUUUGCGUUUUGAUGAAUUCGGCUUUGCUCUCACUAAACGAAAGGACCAAAAACUUCACCAUCGAUGUCACGACUACAGCUACCCCCAGCUGAGCUCAGUGAGGGUGAAAGAGCUGUGUGAGCUGCUCAGCUACUGGAAUGGAGCCAGCUUCAUCUGCAAGAGCCAGAUUGAGCGAUUUAUCAGGAUGGGUGUUCCUCCAAGCCUGCGAGGGAGAGUGUGGAAGUGUCUUCUCACCAUUGACAGCCUCAAAGAAACCAGUGAUUUCAACUAUCAGAAGUGUUUGUUAGAGGUGCGAGGGCCCCUGGUGGAUUUGGGAGUCAGUGAGUAUGGCAUCCUGUCGGCGAUCACCACACUCAGCGAAACCCAGAAUGAUCUGGGUUUGAAUAAUCAGCAGCCCUCCAGCUGCCCCGAGCGCAGAUACUCUGUGGACGACAUCACACUCUUCAGACAAAUCGCCCUCGACCUACAACGUUCCUUCCCGACGCACCGCUCUCUGAUGGGGGAGAGCCCAGAAGCCAUUGAGGGUCAGGCGAAACUCUUCAGGAUUCUCAUCGCUUAUGCUAAAUACAGCCCAAAGGUUGGAUACAGCCAAGGGAUGUCCUACAUAGCUGCAGUGCUGCUGAUGCAACUGGGAGAGGAGGAGGCGUUUUGGGCUCUGACAGCCUUGUUGGAUAAACCCAAAUAUUUGGCCGAAGUGUUUGACCUCAGCCUCACCAGGGUCCAGCAUCAGGUGAAGGUGUUUGACCAGUUCCUGAAACACAGGAAGCCACAGCUCUCUCAACACUUGGAGUCAGUAGGAGUCCUAUCAGUCCAUUUUGCGAUGCCAUGGUUCCUCACUCUCUUCACUUCCCUGCCCUGCUGGGACUCUGUGCUGGCUGUCUGGGAUCUCAUCAUUCUACACGGCCUGUCAGCUGUGUUUCGCACUGCUUUGACCAUCAUGGAGCUCCUGGAGCCUCAACUGAUGGACCUGAGUGAUGAGGGAGCAGUGUUACCCCUGCUGUUGAGAGUGCCUGUUGAUGUAGCCCAGUACUCCGUGUUGGUCCCUGCCCUGUGGAAUACUGAAGUCCAAGACUGGGAGCUUAAAUGUAUGAACAGUCUGGUGCUGGAUGAGAGCCACCAUGGACCCAAAGCAGAACAGUGUCAAAAACAGGGUGCCACACUGCCAGCCCAGCAGAGUGGAGGUAAAGGAAAAGAAAAUGCAUCAGCACCUUCAGAAGAAGAAAAGACAACUGAGAAAGACUCAGUUACUGGGGCUAAAAGCGUGCUGACCCGGGUGAUACGUCUGGCCCAGCGGUAUCUGUUGGACCCAAUGGGUAGACAGAGGGUUGAAGUGAAAGGUCCUCAAACACAGGCCAAGCCCAGACAGCGCAGUCCUGCACCUGGACGAGUGUUCAGGAGUCGGACUUCAGCUUCAUUAACACAAGCACAGAUGAGAUCCAGGAGACGGAGCCAGCAGAGAGACGGGGCACAGCAGCCUGUGGUGCAGGACAACAGUGGUGAUGUCACCGUGACAGCUACAGCUGGGAAAACUGACAGAUCAGAGCAAACCUUCAAGAGGACAGGUACAGGACCUUUCAGCAAGGUGGCCAGUCGCCGUAGCAACCACAGCCUUGCACAGCCCAACAGAGUCAAGUCCCUCCGUCUUCUACGAAAUGGCAAGAACCCGCAGAACCAGACCGCUCCCUCCUCCUCUGUCCUCCCCUCUACCCUCCGUGCCUCUACCCUUCCUCCAUCUUCCUCCAUCCUGUCUUCAAGCCCUCCAUCGUCCAGUGGUCCUCAGAGCGGUGAUCAGCAGAAGCAGCCAGACACACCGAGGACGGCUCUCAUCAAGGAGUUAUCUUCGAGACAUCAGGCCAGUGUCCCAUUCAGGAACGCCAGAGAGUCCAAGAUGAUCUGACACUGAAGUGUGUUAGAGUGGACAAGUGAAGUGACACAAUGCACUAAUUAUAUUUGAAGUAAGUAGUUAUGUAAAUCAGAUGAUUUUAGUUGGACUUCAAUCAAACUAACUCACAUUAGGAACCUAUUGCAGUAUAUGCCAUGAGGGGACUCAACGUCCAUACCAGCAUACGAACUGCAGGUCAUCUGAAUUCAUGUUUACAUCCUGGAGUGCUGUAGAACCAGAUUUCUACCUGAGGAUUUGCUAGAGUAUGUUAAUACUUCUUAUGUUUUUAAUAUAUAGUGUAAGUUUUUGCAUGCAUGCAUGCGCACAUGUGCAUGCUGCCCAGAUCUAUUUUGAUACAACUUUGCACUGCAGUGGAGCUGUUUAUUUUUCCAGUUGACCCAUAAAAGCUUAAACAUGACUCUGUUUUUAUUGUCUUACACAGU